AUGUCUGCUUCAGCGUCAGGCACUUGCUUGGAGUGGAACAAUGUGAGCGGGAGCCGCGGGGACAACAAGCGCUGACAGACCAGCAGCGAAACGCGCACAGCAUUCAUUGUCCACACUCACACUCGCAUUCACCAUUCAAUUGCACGCGCGCUGAUCUGCUGAUGCAACGCUCCCUCCCUCGCUGCAGGCGCUAUCCAACAAGAUGUUGCGUGCACCCUGGUACGCUCUGCGCGGCCAGCCCUUUAUCUGCGUCAGUCUGGCUUUCCCCCACACGGCCCCUCCCUCCCUCAGAGAGCUAGCUGAUAAGCCCACUGCACUCGCGCCGCAGAAAUUCUAUUCGCAUGCUCCCUCUCGCACAUUUUGUCUGCUUCUACAACCCAUGACACCAAGCAGCGCCCAUUUCGAAGGUCUAUCCAGCCGCUCAUCUGCUCGUCGCACAAAAGCUAGCGGUCAAGAGGCACAGACGCAAGCACACACGCGCGCGGCAGCAUCAUCGCAGUCGCAGUCGCAGUCGCACUUGGAGCAGCAGCGGCAGGAAGAGAGAGACUGGAAUUGGAGAGUCGACUUGCUGCAGAAGCUUUUGAGCGGUCAGGUCGAAGCAGCAAGCAUCGAGUGCGAGUACGGAAAGACAGAGGUGAGCGAGCGAGCGAGCGUUUGGCUAAGCGGAGGCUCGAUCCAGUCACCUCACCUCCCACCCACCCCCGCACACUGACCGUCCGCAACUCCUGGUGCAUCAAGUCGCAAAUCACGAUCCGGCACGAUGCGCCCACUCUGAGUUUCUCCUUUGUAUUUGAGCUGAGCGCCUUGAGCAGCUCCGAAGCUGCUCAGGUGUAUCAGCACCAUCUGCUACUACCCCUCCUACGCGCUGCUGCUGCCCUCGAAAGCGCAGGCUCAGAGGAGGAAAGCGAUGCGACAAAUCUAGCAAACGCAUUGGCGCUCGUCUCAUUGCGAGCCACUCGGCGGAAUGGCAGCAGACAUGCUCAUCCCGCUAAAGAGGAGGAGGAGGAGGAGGAUGAGAAAGCUGUCGCAACUGCCACCUCACCCACCAUCGCUUCUUCACUUGGCAAACACUCGUCGCUGAAGCAGUCGUCGAGCCAUCAAGCUGAAGAUUUGUCCCCAACUCUAGAUCACGCAGAUGCGGAUUCUGACGGAUUCGAGGUGGAGAGCGCAAAAGUUGCCUUACGGGCCAGGCCUACCAAAGUGAAGAAGGAAGAGCUUAGCAGUUCUCCCUUCAGUACAACAGGAUACGGCGCAAUGGCAAUGGCAAGGCAAGAAGCGGAUCCGGAUCCGGAUCCGAGUGCCGGACCUUCCAUCAAGCGAUCACCGAAGAGUCCAUUUGCUGCUCGAGCCAGCAGGACGAUGGUGAUGCGGAAAGAAGAAAAAGUACCUCUUCGGUCAUCGCGUGGCAAGAAGAUCGACUCGGACGGCUUCGAAGAGGAAGAGGAAGCUUCUUUGCCGCAUGUCCAGAGUCCCGAGCCGCCAGAUACGCCUGCUGUGGCUGUCAAGCGCAAUGCAAAGCUACCAAAGUCCAAAGGCGACAGCAGCAGCGCGACGGAGAGCGAAGAGGAUGGGACUGCGGAUCUUGCCGCCUCUUCUGAAGAAGUCGAAUCUCCCACGAUGCGCAAAGCUGUGCACGCGCGCAGUCACAGUCACAGUCCCACAGAUUCCUUCGAAGCUCCUUCGCGCUCGCCCUCGCGCUCGCCUGAAGAUGCGAUGAUGCCUCGACCUUGGCAGAAGCAAGCAGCAGCAGCGGGGGAACAAUCGCCGAGCAAACGCGCGAGGGUGAGGAAUGAUGAUGAUGAGGAUGAGGAUGAGGAUGCGGCAGGAACCUCGCAUGGCUCAUCGAUGCAGCAAAACGUCCUCAUCACUCCUUCGUCGCCCAUCCCAGCACACCGCGCAAAUGCAAAAAUGCCGCACCUCUCCCAUCCCAAAGAGCCCAUCACCGCUGCACACGCACACGUCUCUGAGCUGGAGCAAGGGAAAAAGCAGGACACGAACAGCUCUAGAGCGCACAAGACUCGAGGAACGGCUGCUACGCGCGGAGGAAGAGGUACGGGUUACAGGAAAGCGCAAGGUGGCCGCAAAAAGGGGUUUUGA